AUGCCCAAGUCCAAGCCGGUCCCGCCCGAGGACCUCCUCAUCCCGCCGCAAGACAACCGGAUCUGCGGCACGAUAUGCAUGUGCCAGAUGACGGCCGUGCUGUCGAGCGUGGCGCUCGUCUACCUCACGGUGGCCGUGUACAUCCCCACGCUGCGCGCCUUCCAGUCGGGCAUCUCGGAGACGCCCGUCAUGUGCACGACGACGCGCGCCUGGCACCGCGAGUCAUGCGAAUGGGGCACGUGCGGUGAGUGGUGCCUGUCCAAGAGCUCUGGCGCCUGCAUCCAGAUCUACGUCAACCUGCGCCGCAACGGCUCCGACCUGCUGUUCGCCAACUGCUCGCAGACGGCCAACAAGACGUGCUACGGCAUCGACCAGGAGAACGCCAAGAAGAGCCGGUGCAUCGCGGACGAGUGCCGCAACCUGACCGGCACCUUCAACUGCACCAACGGCGAGUGCAUCAACAUUACGGACGCCUUCGAGUGUGUGUUCAAGGAAGUGGGGCCACCUCUCAAGUGCUCGGGGCGGCGCGGCAAAAUAAACUGUAUCGACAUGGCCGGCCUCCAGACGUGUGUGCGCGGGACUUGUAACAAAAUACUCACCCCCUACAACUGCGAAAGGCGCUGUCUCGAGAUCCCGACGCGCAACAAGAACAUGAUCUUGCUCAGUGGCGACAAGGUGUACCUGUCCUCGUGCGAGCGGGCUAUACACGUGGACACCGGCCGCGAAAUUUGGACUGAAGACGACAAGACCAUUUUGAUGGCGUCGUGCUACACGAUCGAGAACACGACCCAGGGCGUGGAGGCGGGCGACUGCAUCAACGGCACCCUGCUGUCGGAGAAUUUCUUCGGCGACCAGACCAACUUCACGUACCUGUCGCACGUGAGCGUCACGAACGUGCGCCUUCUCGACCGCAACCGCACGGUCGCGCCGCCGGAGCAGGACCUGCUCAUCGCCAACGAGUCGCACCUCUUCAUCAACAUGGAGGGCUGCGUGAAUACGCUGCGCGACGAGUGCAAAGAGUUCUUGCGCGAAUACGGCAAGGACGGCACCGACCACAACGCCCGCGCGCGCUUCCCCUGCUUCUACGCAGACAGCGACACGUCCAAGGUGGUGGCGCGCUUCGACUUGGCCACCACCUACCGACAGUUCCUCGUUGCCUCCAUACUGCCGUCCACUCUCUUCGUUGUGUCCUGCUUCAUGCUCAUAUUCUGCCAGAAGACGGUCGAAGUCGGCGACGACGCCAAGAUGCGCUUCAAGGGCUGCGCCGCCUCCGACUUCAUCACGCCCGGCGAGAAGGCCGCCUCCGCCAACAACCUGGGCGAUGGUGGCGGGGGAGACUCCGUCAUGGCGCUCUGAGAUCCGUCACGCAUCCCCCUCCUAGACGAGAGCCCCGCUCACCACCAGCAUAUGUUCCCGUUGCAAGAGAACUGAGCUGGCCGCCACAGCGACGCACUCCGCUUAGGACACACCACGUCCACGUCACUCGCUGCCGCUGCU